GAUUCUACUCUGUUUGUUUACAUCAGUACGGUACCCAUAUUGUUGGCAGUAAGUGGAAGUGCGCCCUAAUUGAUAAUGGUCUUGAGACGAGGAGAGUCUACUAGCCGUGGUUGGCGUUCUAAAAGCAAUCAUCGUUGCUGCUUCAAUUCCCUGUUUAGAAACAAAGAAACUAGAUAUGUAUCGGAUUCGGUUUGUUCCACUUCUUCUUCAUCAGCUGGUCAUCGGAAACGGUCCAGCACAUCCGAAAAAGCAUCCUCUGGUUAUGGUUGUUCAGACCCUAAAAGACGUCGUGUUUCAGAACGUAGUAAAAGGUACACAUAUAAACUUUUGAUUUUGAAUAGUCUUGUUUUUAUUUCUUUCGUGCGGAAUCAUAGUUCCCAUGUAUCAGUUCCUAAUUUCAAUCAUACAACGAGCACAUGUAAGGCAGUACGUAUCUCUGGUGAUAAGGGCCGUCCUCGAGACCGUUCUAACAGUUCCUCCUGCAGUGGCAUCGCUCCUAGUCAUGCUACCAAAGCUCCGCCUCACCAUCCAACUAAGCGAGAACGGCAGCGUAGUCCAAGUAUCGAAAUCCAUGAUGGGCAUCCAAUGCGCGUUCACUUACAUAAUGGGCAAUUUCCUGGUUCUCCGAGACUCCCUGACAGAGAUGACAAGCAAAUAGCACGUCGGAAGAGAGAAGAAAAGCGUCGCGAUGAAAAAGCACGAAGGAAAGCUAGUCAUGAGCAUCACAAACGCAAACCAUCUGCUAUUGUACCGGUCGGUGACACUAUCAAGCGACGCUUUCGAGUGGAGAAGAUACUAGGAGAGGGUAGCUAUGGGCAAGUUUUUGAAUGUUUUGACUUGUACACAAAUUCGUUGACUGCUGUCAAGGCUCUUAAACCUCAGAGUGAUUAUAGUGAUGCUGCGCGUCACGAGGUUAAUGUUUUAGAAACUAUUGCAAGAUUAGAUGCCAAAGAUCGAUCCCAUUGCAUAUCAUCUAUAGAUUUCUUCGAAUGGCAUGAACACUUCUAUAUUGUAUUUCCUCUACUUGGUCCAAGUGUUUUUACAUUUCUUGAAAAAAAUGAGUACGAACCGUACACCAUUGAACAAUGUGCAAUAAUUAUCCGACAGUUGUGUGAGGCUGUUGCCUUUUUGCAUCGAAAUAAGCUCACACACACAGAUUUAAAACCUGAGAAUAUUUUAUUUGUUGAUGGUACUUACGACGAAGUUUAUGUCAACCAUCGUGGCAGAACAGUACGGCGAAUCCGUAAUCCAUCUAUAAAGCUUAUAGACUUCGGAUCAGCCACUUUCGAUGAAGAUCACCACUCGACUACCAUACAGACACGGCACUAUCGUGCUCCUGAAGUUGUUAUGGAGCUUGGAUGGGAUCGAUCUGCUGAUGUAUGGUCUAUAGGAUGUAUUUUGUAUGAAUUGGUGACAGGACAAUGUUUAUUCAUGACACAUGAUAACCUUGAGCACCUAGCUAUGAUGGAACGUUUACUAGGGACUCUCCCAAAAUGUAUGACAAAGGUGUCCCGUCGACGACGAUAUUUCCGCCAUGGUCGGUUAGAUUGGUCUCCUGCUUCUUCAGAGUCUCGUUACGUUAGGAGAGUUCUGAAACCUCUUGGUGACUACUGGUUUUCUAAUUCUGACCUUUACAAGCGCCUGGCUUUCGAUCUUGUAAAAGAGAUGUUGGUGUACAUUCCGUCAGAACGAAUUACCUGUUCCAGAGCAUUAGAGCAUCCUUUUAUUCUUUCGUUUCAUAGUUGA